GGUGACAUGCAGACAAGGUGUCCUAUAAAUCUACAUAUAUCUCCACGCCGCUAUGUAACAUUCGGUACAGAGAUUUUAUUCUGUCAACUUGCAACAAAAUGUUUGGCUGUUACUUAAUUAUUCUCUCCGCUGUUUUCUGUUUCACAGAUUCACAGACGGCACCUGCGUUCUCGGCCGGAGUGGCAGUAGGACAAAUAGACAGUGCGGAGCUGGACGAAGCUUCCGGUCUUGCCGCAAGCCGCCUACAUCCGGGUAUAUUGUAUUCCCACAACGACCACGGUGACAGACCUAGAUUGUUUGCAAUAAAUGCAUCUACUGCAGAAGUGGUCGCUACACUUGAAAUAAGUCCUGCUUACCACAACGACUGGGAGGAUGUGGCUGUUGGACCCUGUGCGCAAGGGGACACACGCACGUGUAUUUAUAUCUUGGACGAUGGUAACUAUCACCACGUUGACAAAAGAACAAUCUACCGUGUUGUGGAACCAGACACAAUGAUCAGCCAGACUAUUGCCCCCGACGCCACUUAUAAAUACAACUGGACGGAAACAGCUGCGGAUACAUUAAUGGUAGAUAACGAUGCUAACAUGUACGUGAUCAGUAACGUUCUGGGUGGACGUGGAGAGAUUGCAAAGCUACCAUCACAUGAUUGGGGUCAGAAAUUUCCGGUCGAGAUUGACAGUGGAGCAUUUUUCUCCAUGACUUCCACCCAUCAUGACCCAGCAGGUGGUGAUAUAUCUCCUGAUGGAACAGAAGUUUUAGUGAAGAACAGGAAUCAUAUCUACUACUGGGCACCAGCAGACGGAGACAUUGAGGCUGCACUGACUCAUCCCGGGGCAGAGGUUCCAUACAUUAAGGAAAGACUUGGAGAGUCUGUGUGUUGGGCAGCAGACGGAUCUGCAUACUACACUCUAAGUGAGGGAAGUCACCAAAAACUGUACAUGUAUGAACGUCAGUGAUAGAUAUUAUAUAGCAAUGUGUGUCAUGGUUAUAAUAAAGAAUAAAAAAUU